AACGCGGCCGCGGCACACGCGAAACGGCAGAAGCAUUCUCUCGUCUCCAGUUCUCCUCCGCGCAGUACUCCGCAUCCGCGAUUCCCCAACCCCGCAAGGAAGCCGACGCCCACCAGCGCGACCGGACCACACCGCCCGUCCGACGCGACCCAGCCGGUCCAGAAGCGUCGCCGCCGCCGCCGCCCGUCCUUCCACCACCCCGCUCGCGCCGCCGUCGCACGCUCGCUCCCCCUAGGGUUCCGCAGGGUCGGGAUCGCCGGAGAUGGACUGGAGUGCGGUGACGGCGGAGGACCUGGUGGACGCGCUGCGGGAGGUGGACUGGUCCACGCCGCCGCGGCCUGUGCCGGAGUUCUUCUCCCGCUUCACCGUCCCACGCUCCUACUCCAAGUGGACCAGCCGCCUCAAGUGCAACCUCUACUACUACAGGACAAACUAUUUCAUCUUGAUCAUGUUCAUCCUUGGGAUGGGCUUCCUUUGGAAGCCAGUUGCUAUCCUUGCUGCUUUUAUGACUGGACUUAGCAUCGCAUUUCUCAAUGAUAGUUUUGCAGUCACUUUCAAUGAGAAAGUCACAAGGACCGUAAGACAGUUUUCACCACAUUUAGCUGCAAAGAUGAGGCCACCAAUAACUCCUGUUCUUCGCGGUCGACCUAGCUCGAAGAGAUCAAUUCAUAUUUGUGGGCGACCUCGCUGGGUGUUUGUCCUGUUCUUUUCUGCAGUUAGCUGUAUGCUCUGGUUGACUUCAUGCAGUCUUCUCACAGUCCUCUGGGCACUUCUCAUUGCUCUAUUUGCAACUGUGCUCCAUGCAAGCUUCAGAACACCAAAUCUGAAAGCACGUCUGAAUACAUUCAGAGAGGAAUUCCGGGCUGUUUGGCGGAAUUAUAGUGAGCUUUAAGGUCUCCUUUGUUUCUCUCAUGUUCAUGUGGUAAGGAAAGGUGUCUCGUGCUGAAACGUCCAUGCUGUUUGUGAGUUGUGCUAGGACAUCUAGUGGAAGGUGAAACGCCAUUGGACAUUACUACAUGGAUUACUUGCUCUUUCGGGAGGUGGGGAUUUUGGUUCGGUUGACUCCGGAUGCGAUGCUAUGCCUUGCACACGAUCCCUCAAGAACAAUAAUUUUUCUUUCAGAUUUCUCCCUAACCGAGCAUUGGAGAGAGGACAGCAUGUAAAGGAUGUAAAAAUGUACCUGUUCUCGAUCAAAACGUAUGUUGUUUGUUGAAAUUAUUACUAAUUCGUAUUGCAUCCACUUUUGGAUUAUUUGUUUGGUGACUACAA